AUGCCCCCACUCGAGAUCUCAUUGGAAGGCAAAUCGUCCAUUACUCGCCAGCCUGAGCGAUGUGCCCUCAGAUUCAAGGUCCGGGCGACUGGGCCAAACCGAGAAAGCGUAUCCAAGGAGGUAACCGCGACAUCAAAUGAGAUCAACCAGCUUUUCAAAGAGCUGUCGCCCAAAACAGAGACUGGCGAAACAAUUACAGGCUCGCCGGUGACCUCUUUCUCUUCCACCUCGCUGCAAACACAAUCUCACGCCCCGAAGGAUAAUAAGGGCGAAUCUCUACCUACAGUCUAUUACGCAAAUUUGUCACUCAACGCGCUCUUCCAGGACUUCACGAAGCUUAAUGAAAUUGUCGGGAAGCUGAUUUUGUACUCCAAUAUCGAGAUCCAGUCCCUCGAUUGGUGUCUUACCGAGGCGACACAAAAGGCUCUGAGCUCCAAAUCUCGCGAGGAGGCGAUGCGUGAUGCUGUCCAAAGGGCAAAUGAUUAUACUAGAGUCAUUGGGCGGGAAGUCGUUGCGGUAAAAGUCAGCGAGUUACAAGGCGGAGUACAGUUUGACAUGAACCAUGGGCGAAACUAUACGCAGCCGCAACAACAGGCGAUGGCUCAGCAAAUGCAGCAACAACGGCGUUUAAUUGCAGGUCUACCGGCCGCCUUUGAUUCCCCUGCUUCCAACUUGAGCCCCCAUUCAGGUGAUUCCACCGCACUCAAUUUGAGUCCGCAGUUGAUUCGGUACACGAAUUCUGUGCAAGUUGUAUUUGAGGGUGUAGACAGUCGAAAGGCCUAA